CUACUCCUACUACUUUCUUUUUCUUACCAAAAAUGGCAGCUCACACAAUCUCCAUCUCCAAGUUUCCAACAACAAGAACACCCUCGUUAUUAUUCUCAGACUCAGACUCAGACUCCAACCUUAGAAGACGACCCGACCCGUGUCCACCGCACCUGGGUCGGACUCUCAGAGCACCACAAAGUGUACCUCACCCAUGCGCAUGGCUAGGCACCAACCAACUCUCGCUUCACUCCUCAAAUCUCAGACAACCACCCCACUUGUCAUGGCGCCGACCCAUCACCGCAACGGUGUCGUUUUGCCUCCCCACUGCAAAGCCAGAGAGAGCUUCUUCCUCCACUGUGAAAAUUCCCAAAUGGUCAAGGAGUGCAAUAAAGGCAUUUGCUAUGGGAGAGCUGGAAGCCAGGAAGCUCAAGUACCCAACUACUGGGACUGAAUCCCUUCUCAUGGGGAUUCUUAUUGAGGGAACUAGUCUUGCUUCAAACUUUUUGCGAGCAAAUGGGAUUACUCUAUUUAAGGUGCGUGAAGAAACUAUCAAGUUACUUGGGAAAGGUGAAAGGUUUUUUUUUAGUCCUGAGCAUCCUCCUCCAACUGAAGCGGCUCAAAGGGCCCUUGACUGGGCUGUUGAUCAGAAACUACAAUCUGGUGAUGGUGGGGAAAUUACGACAUCUCAUAUGCUUCUUGGCAUAUGGUCUGAAGUGGAAUCACCAGGUUAUAAGAUAAUGGCUACCCUUGGCUUUAAUGAUGAGAAAGCCAAAGAGUUGGAGUCUUUGAGUUCAGAACCUGGAUUUGUAGAUGAUUGAUAAAUUCAUUUGAGGUUUGUUACCAUACUUGUAAUUCUAUUUUUUGGAGAUAUAUUAAUGUUGUCUGUUCUUUCCUUUGAAGUUGCUAGUUCUGUCAUGGACACUUCAUUAGGACUUUCUCGGAUUGCUUCCCUGUUGAGCUUGCCUAUAAAAGUUGUUCUCCAUAUGAUUAGAAUUUUAAUUGAAUGUUUAAUUUUUCCAAUGUCCCAAAUUGAAAACGCUGAGUUGCGUGAUACAUUAUUCAGGGCAUGUGAUGGAGUUUGCCAUUUAAAUUA